AUGGCAGCCUUCCACUACAAUUAUGCAGUUAUCUGCCGGGUUCCUCAAUCUAUCUCCAACAGAAGUGUUGGUUCUGAUAACUAUCCGAGAGGGGUUGACGUUGACAAAGCCAGACAAGAGUAUGAAACCCUCAGAGAGGUAUUAAAGAGCUUGGAUUUGAACAUAAUCGAAAUGGUGGAGGACGACAAUUACCCCGACUGUUGUUUUGUUGACGAUACCACUGUUGUGAUUGGAAAUACGGCCCUGAUAGCUCGACCCGGCCAUAUUUCGCGUCAGGGAGAGGUUGGAGAGAUCCGUAAAGUUUUGGUGUCCGACUUGCUGAUGAAUGUUGUUGAAAUAAAAAACCCCAAGGCACUCCUUGAUGGGGGAGAUGUCCUUUUUACCGGCAAAGAGAUCUUUGUUGGCGUAGGCAAGAGAACAAAUGAGGCCGGAGCUCAAGCAGUGGCAGAAACUUUCCCUGAGUAUGCUGUCUCCAUGGUAAACUUUGAGAAGUGUGAGGCCCUUCACCUCAAGGAUGUCUUCAACAUGGCAGGUCGUAGUGUGAUGGCAGUCGCACCAGGUCCUGAUGUGCAAACAGUGUUACGACAAAUGCAGGAUGUGGCCAGUUACCCAUACCAGGUCAUGCAGAUGGACACACGCAUGGCCACAGACAUGCUGUUUGUCAAUGGUCACCUGAUUCACCAUGUCCGAAAUGAGAUGGGAGACAAGAGUUACGGGAUUCUAGAUGAGAAAAUUCUCUGGCCCAGACAUCACAUCCAGAUGACAGAGCUGGCAAAAAUUGGUGGCACCAUCAACAGUUUGGUUAUCCUUAUCACCCGCACCCGUAACCCAAAGCGGAUCAUUAGUAACAUCCAGGAUGAGGAUCUUGGCUACUUCACCAUGUGGAAACGAGGCCCGGAUUCUGUCCCAAUCUUGAACUAG